AUGGCGACUACUAAGGGUAAAAGUGUGGCUGCUGAGCCAGCAACGCUUGAAUUCCUAUUGGAAAGGAGGCGCAUCAAUCGGCAGAGAUACACCAAGUUGGAGAAAUCCUUGUUCCGAUAUUAUGAUGAUGUUCUUCCAGCAUUAGACGAUGAUGACCGUUCACCCGAGAAUGAGAUUAAAGUGAGGGCAGCCAUGUCUGCCAGAGAACAGUUGAAGUCAGCCUACAUGGACUUGCAAGAUACUCAAGACCAAGUGGAUUAUCACAGAGAUAACGAGGAGAGGCUGAACGCUAUGUCUGACGACCAGAGGAGAAGAGAAGAUAAAGAUGAGCAAGACUAUAGAGAGAGGUACUUCAACUGUGAUGCCAAGAUCCAGAGGUUGGAGAAAGACUGGUUCAGGCCGACAAAGGAGAGGAGUGAGAGUGAAGGCAAAGGAUCCCAUCAUAGUAGCCAGAGCAACAUUGAAGUGUUAACAAAGGGUUUAGCAGAGGCUUUUAAAUCCAUGAACAAUGGAAUAUCAGGAGAGCAGCUCACAACCAUCUUGUCAACUUUGACCAAAAAGAAGAGAGAGCUACCCAUACCAAAAUUUAGCGGCGACCCGCAUUUCUUCGAUCAAUGGCGAGAGCUGUUAGAAGCGGAGUUGGCGAAGCCAGGUUAUUCGGAGGUGGAAAAGACGCACUUUACCAUUACAUUACUAGAGGGCGAGUGUAGAAAGUUAGUAGCGGGUAUGAAAGAUCCUGAUUACCAAGACAUCUUCCAAGUUUUAGAAAGCAAGUAUGGUGACGUGGAGAGUUGUGUGCAGAAGGCUGUAAUCGAGAUAGCCAACAUGGAGGCACCGAGCUCCCUUGCACUAAAAGACAUGGAGCCAUUCUGCCAUAAGCUUGUGUCAGCAUGGAAUUAUAUUUUAAAGAAAACCGAGGCUCUAUGUGAACUAGACGAAACAAGUUGGAUUUUCACGGCAUUGGUCAGGCCCAAAAUUCCCAAAACACUGUUGCGAAAGUGGGAUGGCGAAAAGCUGAAGGCAAAAACAAAGUCGACUUUGCCUCUGAAAUUUCCCGACUUACUGGAAAGGCUACUCGACGCCCUGCAAGUUACCCGAAGGACGGAAAUGGAGGGGGGAAAGCGACCAACCACAAGUAGUAGUACUUCACACUCACAGAAACCAGAGAAAAAACAUACUAGUACUAGUUAUGGCAAGCCAAGUGCAUAUGCAUUGAAUGUCAAUGCUACAAGUAACCCUAAAGCUGGACAAUCAAAACAGAAGACGCAGAGUCGAACUCCCAAGUGCCCUGUAUGCCAAGAAGCACAUCUACUUUAUCAGUGCCAGACCUUCAAAGCCAUGAGUGUCAGUGAUCGCAUAGACAAGGUCAAGAGUUUAAAACUUUGUUUUAACUGCUUUGCUUCGCAUUAUGUCAAAGACUGUAAUUCAAGACACUGUCAGAGAUGUGGGAAGAAACAUCAUACCUUGAUCCAUUAUGAUCGUGAGCCAGAGCUACCGGAAGAAGAGCAAGUACAAGGUCUACGUCAAAAAACGGAGGUUCCCAAGAGUGUAGGACUUGUCAAGGCCAUUACAGGUCCAAAGGAGAUAUUGAUUCAAUCCACUCUAGCAAGAAUCGAAUCACGAGGAGCAAUUUCAGUAGCGAGAAUCUUAUUUGAUACAGGCAGCGGUGUAUCAUUCAUAAGUAACAAGAUGGCAAGAAAACUGGACUUGCGAGGACCCAAGGUUGAGGCAGAAUUUUCACUAGCCGGUGGUAACCAGAUGAGAUUGAAAACAGAGAGAGUUAAGUUUCAUCUAUCAAGCGCUAUUCCUAAUUGGAAAGGUGAGGAAUUUGAGAUAGAGGCCUACACAGUUGAUCAGCCUAGCAUGGACCUCAACUGCGUGAGAGUAGAUUUGUCAAAGCUGCAACACUUACAGGGAUUGCAGAUAGCAGACACAUACCCCCGUGAAUCGGCUGAAAUUGAUGUUAUGUUGGGGCUAGAGGAUACCACAAACAUCUUACUGCCUGUUAGAAAAACUGGACCACCAGGAAUGCCAACUGCCACAAAGAGUCAUUUUGGAUGGGUACUUUCAGGUAUCUGCCCAGUAGAGGAGCCAAACCAACGACAUGGAAAGAUUGGUUUGAUUCGCCAUCCGGACUGGAAGGACAAGUCUUUAGAAUCAAAUCGAACCUUAGCAGAGAAACGUCUCGAGGGGUUGGAAAGAAGAUUACAGAGGGACCCAGACUUGGGAAAGGCCUACCAAGAACAGAUCCAAGAGUUAGUUGAUAAAGGGCGUGCCGAGAAAGUUGAGGAAUUGGAGAAACAAGCGCAAGCAAUAUGGUACUUGCCUCAUCGCCCUGUUGUUAGAAUGGAUAAAUCAACCACAAAGGUGCGUGUUGUGUUUGACGGCUCCGCCAAAGGACCAGAGGGGGUGUCACUAAAUGACACAUUGUUGAGUGGACCAGCACUGCAGCCCGACCCACUUGCCAUACUUUUGCGUUUCAGAAAACAUAAAGUAGCGCUUGUAGCAGAAAUAGAGAAAAUGUUUCUUCAAAUCGGCAUGCAAACUGGAGAUCAAGAUCUACAGAGAUUCUUAUGGCGUGACAUGGACACUAGUAAAAAACCUGAUGUUUACAGGUUGAAAACAGUAACAUUUGGUCUGAAAUCAUCUCCAUUUUCGAGUAUCAAAACUGUAGUGGACCAUGCACUCACACAGACAAAGGAAUACCCAAAGGCUACUGAGGAAAUAACAGAAAAUAUUUUCGUGGAUGAUGUACUGUCUGGAGAAGACAAUACCACAGCAGCAGCAAGCUUAGCAGUAGACAUGAAACCAGUCUUGAAAUCUGGAGGAUUCCCACUCAGGAAAUUUGUGUCCAACAAACCAGAAGCUUUGGCUGGAUUAGAGGAGUCAGAUCUUGCCUGUGGUAUAGUAGUCGUCACUGAGGAACAAUUUACUACAAAAACGUUGGGGAUAGAAUAUAUGUAUUGUGGUGGUAGGAAUCUAGGUAAUUCUAAGCUAUUUUAA